UAAUUUCGGCCAUCACACCAAAGAGAGAGAGAGAGGAGAGCCUCUACAAUUCACCAUCCUUCAUUGUUGAAGCAAUCUCAAACCAAGGAAGCUCCAAGGAAGAAGAAAGAGUGAGAAAAGAAGAGAAAAACUUAGAAAAUCAAGGAAUUUCACCAAGGUAUUCUAGACUUCUGAAGAAAGCAAGGAGUGGUUGGAAAAGUCAUCGGAGCCGCCGGAGUUUUCGCCGGAAAAUUCCAAAAGUCGCCGGAGUUCAAACGAAGAGGAUAAAAGCUCACUAGCGUCAUUUCAAGAAAGGGCAUACGGGAGCAAGUCUUCAAUGAAGGAGCAAAGGACAUCCCUACACUGGCUGAGGUAUUCAUGCAUGAACGGAGGGCAACUACAAAGUUCAUAAGUAAUGUAGAGUUAAGACUGCACAAACGAUUGAUCAAGAUGAAGAAUCAUUUUGAUCAACUCCUGGACCUGCGCUUCGAAGAAGUUCACAGGCAUAUCAGAAGCAAUCUGAAGAUUCAACAAGUGUUCAAUUCUCAGGAAAAGUCUCAACUUCAAAUACAGCUCAAAAAUCAGCCAGCUCAAUCAGAGGCUAUCCAGAAGGCUCUUGAGGAACUUUAAGUUGUAUGAAUGCAACUACAAGAGCAAUUUCUCAAUCUCCAGCAAGCACAAGCUGCAGCAGUGCCCUCACAACCUGAAGCAGAGUCCUCUGCCCAACCAGAAGCAGAGCCCUCUGCCCAGGUACUUCUUAAUCCUACUUUAUCCGCUAACCUUGAGCAGGCCAUUCCACUCAUCCAGGAGCAUGAGGCAUUCAUCCAACACCUAAAGAACAAAGAGCUUCCAGCCUUUCUUCAACUCUCCCAGAAGGUGGUCACAAAACAAGUAGAACAUUCUGAAGCCAUUGCAAAAACCAGGGAUGAUGUUGCCAAACACCUAACCAGAAUGCACACUGCCACUCAAGAGGCAUUCUUAAAACAAGGAGGUGAACUUCAAGCACUUGGACAACAUAUACAAACCACUAAUCACAGUCUUCAAAACUUGGAUCGAAUUGUCAAAGAAGAUGUCCAAGUAGAUGUCAUGGAUCUUCGCAACAUUGUCAAUGCAGUAGCAAUCGAAGUGAGUGAUAUGCAUCCAGGAAGAAGAAGACAAGUGGAAGUUGACUCGGAUCCUGAAAUAGAAGUCUUAUUUCAAGAAAGCAUGACCCCUUUUGAUGCCAAAAAGGGGGAAGGUUCAACACAAGCAGGCCCCUCCUCCUUGAGAUCACAAGCAGCCAAGAGAGGAGCAGAAACCAGAAGAAAGAACCAGUGCCUCAAAGAAGAAACGGAGAUCAGGAGAAGAAAAGCAGAAGAAGCAAAGGCAAAAGAAGAGGCCAAAAAGAAACAAGAAGAAAACAAACAAGACUAGAAUAGAUAUAGUCCGAAAUUGACUAUAAACUAUUGUACCUUAGAAACUAGAACAAUGUACAAAACUCAAAUGAAAAAUCAAUAAAAAUAUUUUAUUCUUGUGUUGUAUAGUUUUGGCGUCAUCAAAAAGGGGGAAAUUGUUAGUACCCAAUUUUGAUAGAUUUUGAUGAUGCCACUAUACUUAGCACGUGUACAUUGUAUCUCAAUAUUGUUCGUGUGUUAGCAUUCAAAAUUAUGUGACAAAAUAAAAUGUACAUUUUUUGAGUCGAUUUGAAUAUUACCCGAAAAUUUAAAAUGCAAUAAGGUAAUUUUUAUUUACCUUAAUAGGAUAUUUAGAUCCUAC